AUGCCACACUGUUGGGAGGAAAAGAUCAGCAAAGGUCAAACCAACUUCCUGGUCCAAUCCUAUAGGUUUUUGAGUAAAGGUCCCGUCGGCUCCGUGGGAAUAAAUCUUUCGCAGGAGCAGGUGCUACACAUAAACGUGACAGAUGAGACUUCCUUAUGCGGCGUGUCUGAGAGUUCCAGGACGGCCAGGUCAGAGGAGGACAGAGACACGUUGUGGGACGCUUGGGGCUCGUGGAGUGAAUGUUCUCGCACCUGUGGAGGAGGGGCAUCCUACUCUCUACGGAGGUGUCUCAGCUCCAAAAGCUGUGAGGGGCAGAAUAUCAAGUAUCGGACCUGUAGUAAUGUGGAUUGCCCUCCGGAGGCUGGUGACUUCCGUGCGCAGCAGUGCUCAGCCCAUGCGGAUGUUCGAUACCAAGGCCGAUAUCACGAAUGGCUCCCGGUGUCCAACGACCCGGAAAACCCCUGUGCGCUCAAGUGCAGGUCCAGAGCAUCCGGCCUUGUGGCGGAGCUGGCCCCCAAGGUUCUGGACGGAACUCGCUGUUACACCGAGUCCCUGGACAUGUGCAUCAGUGGAGCCUGUCAGAUCGUGGGCUGUGAUCAUGAGUUGGGAAGCACGGCGAAGGAAGACAACUGUGGGGUGUGCAACGGAGAUGGCUCGUCCUGCCGGCUGGUGCGCGGACACUACAAGUCCCAGCAUGCAUCAGGAAAAACUGACGACACGGUGGUUUCGAUCCCCUACCAGAGUCGCCACGUCCGGCUAGUGCUGAAAGGCCCAGAUCACUUGUACGUGGAGAGUAGGACGCUACAAGGAGUGAAGAGCGACCUCUCCCUGGACACGUCCGGACAGUACCAUCUGGAGAACACGACCAUAGACUUCCAGAAACUGUCCGAUAAAGAAGUUCUGCGGAUCACAGGCCCGUUGGCAGCUGACUUCACGGUCAAGGUGCAGUUUUCCAGCGGAGCCGACAGCGUGGCUCAGUUCAUCUACUACCAGCCGAUCGGUCACCGCUGGAGAGAGACGGACUUCUUCCCUUGCUCCGUCACAUGUGGAGGAGGAUACCAGCUCACUUCUGCCGAAUGUUUCGAUCUUCGGACCGGGCGAGUGGUGGUGGAUCAGUAUUGUCAUUAUUACCCAGAAAAUGUGAAGCCCAAACCCAAACUUCAAGAGUGCAACAUGGAGCCGUGUAUGGCCAGUGACGGCUAUAAACAGAUCAUGCCAUAUGACCUGUACCACCCAUUACCGAGAUGGGAAAAUAGUCCGUGGACCGCCUGCUCUACUUCCUGUGGCGGAGGGGUACAAAGUCGCUCUGUUACGUGUGUGGAAGAGGACAUGCAGGGGAACAUCACCCCCACAGAGGAGUGGAAGUGUCUGUACUCCCCCAAAACAGCCAUCCUCCAGCCCUGCAACGCCUUUGACUGUCCCACCUGGCACGCCCAAGAUUGGUCUCCUUGCACCGUCACAUGUGGCCAGGGGCUGCGGUACCGUGUGGUCUUGUGCAUUGAUCACCGGGGGCUACACGCUGGAGGCUGUAACCCCACCACCAAACCUCACAUCAAGGAGGAGUGUCUUGUGACCGUGCCCUGCUUCAGAGCCAUAGACACACUUCCUGUUGAGGCAAAGGAGCCGUGGCAGAAGCAAGCCAUUGAACUGGAGGAAGAAAUGAGUGUGACCGAAGAGCCAACAUUCAUCCCUGGGCCUUGGGAGUCCUGCAGCAGAUCCUGUGGGGCUGGUGUUCAACGUCGAACUGUCAAAUGCCAAGUCCUGCUGUCCUUCUCCCAGACCGUGGCGGAUCUGCCGGAGGACGAGUGCGAGGGGGUGAAGCCGGCCCAGACCCAGGGCUGCUACAGGACGCCCUGCUCUGGAGCCGAGGACCACGAGGACCCAACGGAGGAGACUUCAGAGAGGGAAGAGCUGCACGACUGGGAGUACGAAGGCUUCACUGAGUGCUCUCAAAGCUGCGGGAGAGGUAUUCAAGAGGCCAUUGUCAUCUGCCUGAACAAACAGACCAGAGAAACAACAGAGGAGAGUCUGUGCGAGUUCUCCAGAAGACCUCCACAACUCCUCCAGGACUGCAACACCCAGCCCUGCCCCUCCAGGUGGGACACUGGGGAGUGGAGUUCAUGCUCUGCUACGUGUGGCGUGGGGCUAAUGACCCGCUCUGUGGCCUGCACACGCCGCCCCUCCAUGGGGAGUAACCUGACAGAGGUUCUGAGGCCCGAGGACUGUCCCAGCCCCAAGCCCAGCCCAGUGCAAGCAUGCAACCGCUUCGACUGCCCGCCCAUGUGGGAGACACGUGACUGGGGCAAGUGCUCGCAGACCUGUGGUGGAGGAGUUCAGAGGCGGCAGGCUCUGUGUAAACAGCGUUUGGCAGAUGGCAGCAUUUUAGACCUGCCAGAGACCUUCUGCCCCUCAAAGAGACCCAUGACUCAGCAAACGUGCGCCCGGCAGGACUGCCCCGCCAUGUGGGUCACCACUGAGUGGUCACAGUGUUCGGUGUCCUGUGGCACCGGGGUACAGCGGCUUCAGGCCGUGUGUCGGAAACAAGGAGAAGAUGGUCGAUAUCGCACCAUUCAUCACACAAACUGUUCCCAGAUCGCUCAUCCCAACAGCGUCAGGCCAUGUUCCUUCAGCCUCUGUGAAAAUUCAAUCAAGCCAGGUCCUGCCAACCAACCGCCAAAGAAGGUUAACAUCCAGUGGAGAAAGGGCAAAAAGUUGCAGUUGUUGGUGGGUGGCUUUGCUUACAUGCUCCCCUGGACCCCUGUAGUCCUCCGCUGUCCCACUCAGCGCUUCCACAAAGGAAACAUCCAGUGGUUGAAGGACGGAAAACCUUUAUUCAGCCUCACCCACCUCUCCAUCACUUCUUUGGGCUUUGUGAAGAUUUAUCAUCUGCUUCCAUCUGAUGCUGGAGUUUACACAUGCCUUGACGGCCAAACACGGGAACAUUUAGUCUUGAAGAUAAUCGGUAGAAAGCAGAAACUGUCGCUGCCUGAAGCUGCUGUGUCAAAGCUGAACGGACCGGGCCAGACAAAACUACAUAUUUCCUUAUUAAACCACUAUGACAACAUCGUGGAGCGUAUCCUGGAGCUCAAAGGAUCUUUGCAGGAUGGGAAACAUUUUGAUAAGCUUCAUUUAAGUGAAAAGAACAGAUCGACUUUGGAAGAUGAAAGCGGGAGAUCAAAGCGGUCUGGACCGGUUGUCCUUAUUGUUGAUAGCCACAAGCUAGAUGAGAUAAUCCACAGUCAGUCUGGAGAGGAACAGCUAGCCCACCUGCUUAAUGAGCUAACCAAAAAACACAGUGAAAGCAAUGAGUCAACCCUGUAUCCGGAAACAGCCACUCAAAUACCUCUCUAUCAGAAUGUCAACGUGCACACGCUGAGGCCGAGGAGACCGGUGAUCAUCCAGCAGCCUCAGAGACCAGGAGCAGCGCCACCUGCUGCUGAGAAAACAGUGCACGUAGGGCAGCCGGUGCUGCUGCAAAAACCAAUAGCGAGUUUGGAGCUGAAAUGCAAUACGUUGGGGAAUCCACCGCCAAUAGUAAAAUGGACCAGAAAUGGAAAAGGACUGAACUACAACGGCAGAAUAUUCACUUUGUCCACUGGUUCACUAAAGAUACUACUCCCAAGCAAACAAGAUGAAGGGCUUUACACCUGCACCGCAAGGAACCGCCUUGGGGCCGCUACUCUUUCAUCUUGGCUGAAAGUGAACGUGGGAAAAGGCAAAAGCUGUGCCCAUGGUCAUACGUGUAACAGCAGUCACGUGGAGCCGCUGUGCACCGGGCAGGCCUGCUCUUUCAGAUGGCAGGUCGAACCAUGGUCCCAGUGCUCGGCAGCUUGUGGAGGAGGGUCCCAGCACAGGAGAGUGCGAUGUGUGACCGGUCCAGACGACAGAGCCAGAGAAGUGGGCAGCCAUCACUGCAGCGGGCGCAGCCCUCCAAACACACGCCUGUGCAACAUGCUGCCCUGUGCCCGCUGGGCCACCACUCCAUGGGGACAGUGCCACGGUCAGUGUGUCGGGUCGAGUCUGGCCACACAACACCGCCAUGUCUACUGCCAGAACACAAGUGGGACCAAAGUCUCCUUCAGACUCUGCACUGGACUUCAGAGACCGAUCUCUGUGAAGAACUGCUCAACUGAUGCCUGCGCCCUCCAGUGGCGGAUAGGUCCGUGGACACAGUGCACGGCCUCCUGCGGGCGCCAUGGGUUCCAGUCGCGGCUGGUCAGCUGCGUUCACCGACGGACGGGGAAGACCACGCGCGAGCAUCACUGCAUGUGGAGGCCCCGCCCCUCCAGCUGGCAGAGGUGCAAUGUCCUUUCCUGUGGCAGAGCAGGCGAAUGUCUGGACAGCACCAGAUACUGUGAUAAGGUCCGGCAGCUGGAGCUCUGUCCUCUGCCUCAGUUCAAGAGCCGCUGCUGCCACUCUUGCAGAAAAACCUGA